AUGUUUUUUAGAUAUGGAAAACUACUUGCAAAACGUAUAGAUGCUCCACUGACUAUUGGGAAAUGGGUUCCAGUGACAAGUCGUUUCUUUAGUGUUGUCCAUGGAGACAUAAGCAGGUUAAAAUCCAAUGUCCGUGACUUUGUGGAAGAGAAAGCUAAGUUGUGCCAGCCAGACAACAUCCAUAUUUGUGAUGGUAGUGACGCAGAGAAUGACUAUCUUCUCCACAUGAUGCAGAAACAGGGAAUGCUAAUUCAGCUUAAGAAGUAUGAAAACAACUGGCUAGCACGUACUGAUCCUGCAGAUGUGGCUCGUGUUGAAAGUUUAACUUUCAUUUCUACCCCAAAUAAACAUGACACUGUCCCUGUAACAAAAGAAGGAGUGAAAGGAACAUUAGGCAAUUGGAUGUCUCCAGCUGAUCUAGAGAAAGCCUUUAAUGAGAGGUAUCCAGGCUGUAUGAAAGGUAGGACAAUGUAUAUCAUACCAUUUAGCAUGGGUCCUAUAGGGUCCCCUAUUGCUAAGAUAGGGAUCCAGCUCACAGAUUCCCCAUAUGUAGUGUGCUGUAUGAGAAUUAUGACAAGAAUGGGAUCUGCAGUACUGAAGACCUUGGGAGAACAAAGCUAUAUUAAGUGUCUUCACUCAGUUGGUCAACCUCUACCAAUGAAGUCACCCCCAAUUAAUAACUGGCCAUGUAAUCCUUCAAAGACUAUCAUAGCACAUAUCCCUGCAAACAAUGAGAUAUGCUCUUUUGGAAGUGGAUAUGGUGGAAAUUCUCUUCUGGGCAAGAAGUGUUUAGCUCUACGUUUAGGCUCAAUACUAGCAAAAAGAGAAGGUUGGCUGGCAGAACACAUGCUGAUUUUAGGAAUCACCAAUCCUCAAGGUGAGAAGAAGUAUGUUGCAGCAGCUUUUCCAAGUGCAUGUGGGAAGACCAAUCUAGCUAUGAUGACACCAACAUUGCCAGGCUAUAAAGUAGAAUGUGUUGGUGAUGACAUUGCUUGGAUGAAAUUUGAUGAGCAAGGCCAGUUGCGUGCUAUUAAUCCUGAAUAUGGUUUCUUUGGUGUUGCACCAGGGACAUCUAUGAAGACCAAUCCAAAUGCAAUACUUACUGUUCAGAAAAAUACAAUAUUCACUAAUGUAGCUGAGAGAAGUGAUGGAGGUUUCUUUUGGGAGGGCAUGGAAGAUGAACUUUCCAAAGAGGUCAAAAUAAAGUCAUGGACAAAUAUUGACAAUUGGAAACCUGACAGUGGGAAGCCUGCUGCUCACCCAAACUCCAGGUUCUGUACCCCGGCAAAACAGUGUCCAAUGAUGGAUUCUCAAUGGGAAGAUCCAGCUGGUGUACCAAUUUCAGCCAUUAUCUUUGGAGGAAGACGACCUAAAGGUGUUCCUCUGGUGUAUGAGUCUCUAAGCUGGCAACAUGGUGUGUUUGUUGGAGCAUCCAUGAGGUCAGAAGCAACUGCUGCUGCAGAACACAAAGCUAAAGUCAUCAUGCAUGACCCAUUUGCAAUGCGUCCCUUUUUUGGGUACAACUUUGGGCACUACAUUGAACACUGGUUGAGUUUUGCUAAAAAACCUGGAUUGAAACUCCCCAAGAUAUUUCAUGUGAACUGGUUCAGAAAGGAUGAUGAUGGGAAAAUCAUUUGGCCCGGCUUUGGUGAGAACUGUAGGGUCCUGGAUUGGAUUUGUCGACGAGUAGAUGGUCAAGAUGUGGGACAGGUAACUACAAUUGGAUAUGUUCCUAAGGAUGGUUCCCUCAACCUAGAUGGACUUCCUCCAAUCAACAUGAAUGAGCUGAUGCAUGUACCAAAAGAAUUUUGGCAAAAUGAGGUUCAGGAGAUCCGGAAGUACUUCAGUGAACAGUUGCCUCAGGAUCUCCCCGCUGAAGCAAGUGAAGAAUUGAACAAACUUGAGCAACGUGUUAAUAAUAUGUAGAACAGCCAUUUGUUGUGUAGUACAAAGCACUAAGCUAAAUUUAAUGUAAAUUCUGAUGACAUUUGUGAUCAAAAUGUUUGUGUUUGCUUAUUAGAAUUACGAACAUCAAUGUUUUUUUCACAGAUUCAACUUAAUUAAAUGAACAGAUAAAAAUGAAAACAAUAGAAUUUGGUCAAAUGUGUACAUUUGUUGAUUUUUAGUACUGCUAAUUUCCUUGGACAUUGUUAUGAUAGUUUCUGCGGGUGUUUAAAUAUUUUCCCUCAUAAAAUGCAAAAAAAAAAGUGAAGAGAAACAGUGGGGAAAACUUUCAGCUAAUGGGUCACCAUUUCAAAAAGUAUGAAUUAAAGUAUUUAUAAACUUAAAUGUAAGUUUAUAAAAUAACAUUCUAUAUUUGCAUACAUGUAUAUAUACAUUUCUACUCAGUAAAUGAAAAUUGUGGGAGAUCUUCGAUAUCAAAAUAUUUAUUUCAAAAAGAAUCUUGUCCAACAUAUACACAGCAAGCAAAAACAAAAAGAAACUGCUUUAAUUUGAUUGAACCAAAUGCAUUGUACAUGGGCAUAGUAUGUUGGAUAUGAGAUUUUUUUUACAAAACAUAUUCAUGGAAUAUUGAUUUAAGUAUUGAUUAGAAAAAUAUUAAUUUACAUUAUUAUUAUACAAAUCUUCAUGUGGAUUGCUUUUUUUUUUCUGAAAGAUGCUAUUAGGAUUGUGAAAAAAAAGUCAGAUCAUUAAAACGAAUUGCUUAAUAUUGUAGUAAAAACAUUAUUUGAUCUUUUGCAAUCAAGCAGAACAUUAACUUGCACCAUAAUUUAGUUUUAAAAUUCAAAAAUGCUUUUUUUUUAUUCUGGCCAAUGCUAUUAAGCAGAAUUAAAAGUUGAAUUGUGUAAUAUUUGCUACUUCAGUGAUUGCAUCUUAGAACUAUUGAUGGUUCUUGGUUCUCUUUAGUCCACUGAAAUUCAAAAUAUUGUGUGUUAAAUAUUUCGCACAUGAAUUAUUCUGUUUAGUUUAUGUAUAGUAAGACAAAAAGAGUUUUCUAGCACUGAUUUGCUCUAAAAGCUGGAUGUGCAGAUCUUUAAUUUAGCCAAAUCUAUGCAAAUUAAAAUGGAAAAGGUAUUUCAAACCAGCUGAUAUAAAAUACUAAAUGGUGAGGCUUUAAUGUAAGUCAUGGUAUAGAAAAAUGUACUGGAAUUGUUAUAAUUCAUGUGCAAUAACCUACUACUUCUUAUUUCCCAUUAAGGCUUUAAGAUUCUGUGAAGUAAUGUUUGUCUGAAAUUUUAAGUGAGCUCUAGAGUAACUAUGUAUGAGGUUGAAUAAAGUGUUUCAAAGGAA